AUGCCGUUCAACCGGUUCGUGGAGACCCAAGACAGCCCGCGGAUCCUCCAUGGAUUCGUGAUGGAAGCGCCGCCGAGCGCGUCACAGAGAAGCUCAGCGACGUCGGACGCGGAGGCAGACUCACCCGCGCGAGGCGAUAUAGGUCGUGCACACCCGUCAGGCCAUCAGCGAAUCUCCCCACUCCCCGGUACUUGUCCCUCUGAGCCGAACGUGUUCCAGGUGUUGCACGACUCAGAAACGAACCCGGCAUACGGCUCUGCGGCCUCUCAGACUCUGGAGAUGACUAAACGUCCGCGGCUGCAGUCUCACAUGGUCUUCGACGACCAGGAAGAGAGUUCCGACGAGGAGGAGGCGCCACUGCCGAAGAAGGCGAAACCUCACGCAGCCGCAGCACGCGACAACGCUGCCGAAAGAUCGCGUGUGCGUUCAAGCACACCAUCCGGUAAGAAAGGUGCACGUCCUGUCGCUGCUGGUGGAAAAGGGAAGGAGAAGGAAGUACAGCCCGCAAGCGGGCACAACAAAGGUGUUGGAGGGCUUGCGCGGCUUGCUGCUGCCAGUGCUAGUGGUGGCGGAGCUAAGAGCGGCGGGGAUAAGGGUGAAGGCGGCUCGCGGGCUCACGGGUAUGCAGGGGGCGGGAGUGCUGCACUCUUCUCUGCAAAACACGUCGGAGAUCAGAUCGCCCAGUGCCGGACGAAGCUGGACUCUAUGAACACCGUAGUCCACAGCCACGACGCGAGCCUAGAGGAGAUCAAGCAUCAGGUAGAUGCAGUGAUCGGCGACUUUGAGGACCUCGAUACAGUCGUCGCCAAGCUGCUCAAGGCCACUCACAAGCAUGUUUCGAACGUCCAUCGCCUUGAAGAGCGCCUCGAGGUCGUAGAGGAGCGCAUGCAGGGCGCAAUUGACGGCGCGCUUGCAGGAAUGCAGGACGCUAACAAAGCGGCGCAGGCGGUUGUCGACGAGGCGGCGAAACCCGGGGAAAAGCAAAGAGACAAUCCACUACAGGAUGCGGUUCGCAAGUGCCUGUACUCGAUGAUGGGGCUCCCGUUCAAUGGCGAGUUGCCAAAGCCGUUCUCCGGGACGUACUGGGAGUCCGUGUACGAGGAAGGCGCGACCGAACCGACGAGCUUGCUGCGCCCCGACUGGGAGGCGACGUGGUCAGCCAACCAGAGCUCCUGGAGCUUGAAGGCGGUCUUGCGUAUCCAAACGCGCGGGCACGAGUACGCCGCAUCCCUCAGCAAACAGCACCUGAUGGCGCUUUCGCGAGACACCAUUGUGAACGCCAUCCGAGUGGUCUUCCUGUCCAUGGCCAAGCGGUGGAAGCUGGAGCAUGCCCAGGAUGGAGAGAAGGUGAAGAAAGAAAGAAACCUGUACGCCAAGAAAAGCGGGCGCAAAAGAAAUAGGGCCGAGGGACGUGUCAUCGCGCGUAAGAAAGUCCCCGCUGCACAAGCUCCGGAGUUCGACUUCUGGUUCCAUUGGAAGUAUCAGUCUACCGACGAGUCAGAGGUGGAGGAGAUCGUACCAGUGAAGCAUGCAGUAGACCCCGACUCCGACGCCGAGGGCGCGAGCAAGAAGCGUCCGACAGUCCCCGUAUUUCGCAAAGUGCUGGUCUCGCAUUCGCCUGCAUGGCAAACACCGGAGGGGAAGGCUGUACUUAAUCUCGUCGACGCAGAGGCUGCAAAGAAUGCCCGAAAGAAGGGUGGUCGGGGCAGCACUCACACCCAUCGCCGGGCCGGCGCACCUCGCUCGUUCAAGAAGACCUCCUUGCCCAGCUUCACGCGCGGUAAGGCGGCGGUUCUCAUUCCGCGUGCGAUGGUGAAUCAAGCGUGGCUAAAGAGGAAUGUGCCUUCAGACGACGACGGUGAUGGCGUGGGCUAUGGUUCAGGUGGCAGCGGUGGUGACGAUGACGACGGCGAGGAGGGCGGUGGCAGCGACGAUGAUGGUGAGGCAGGCGGUGGCUAUGACGAAGGCGGGAGAGCUGGCAGCGGAAACGACGACGCAGGGUUUCGGAGCGAUGCUGAUGCAGAGUUAGAAGACAAGCAGCAGAAUGGGGGGCAGAGAGAGGCGUCGGGAGAGCUGGAGUAUGCAGUCAUCCAGGCCCUCGAGCUCAUCAACACGAUCAGGUUCUUGGGCAUCCUGCGUGAACAUUCCGUCAGUGGCAGCGUCUGCGAGCACAGCAACAUUGCAACACUUGCGUGA